AUGGCCGCUGCAGCCCGCCUCCUUGCCGCCCUGGCAUGGCUCUUCCUGUCCGCUGCUAGCCCCGUGCAUGGCCUCCCAGCUAUCCUGCCGGAUUUGCAUGUCCUUUCACCCCGCGCAGACCUGCAAGUCAACGUCUCGAGCAACGGGACAGUCACUGUCUACAAGGGCAAUGUGACCAUCGCACAAGGAUCUGCGACAGACGGUGGAGGAUCCGGCUUUGAUACCCCCGCCGUGCUAUGGAUCGUCUAUUGCUUCCUGCUCGGUGUUCCCCUUGCCUUUGGUGGGGUGAGACUGCCGCGCAUGACGACGGGCAUUGGUAUCGGGUUGACCAUCACGGUCUGCAUGUGGACCGCGUUCGUCAACACCGAGUCGGCGAAGAACAUCUCGGAGCUCGUCGUCACGCUGAUCCCUAUACUCUUGUUUGUGCCCGGGUUCCUCUUCGGGGCAUACGCUUAUGGUCGUCUUGCGGGCAUCAUCCUCAUCACUAUCGCGAGUGGGUUCUCUUGGGGUGUGCGGAUCUGCUUGUUUGGCACAGAUCUGGCGGUAAAGGAGAUCUGGGCCGCCUGGUUGAUUGGCACGUCAUUCGCCCUCGUCAACGUGAUUUUGAUCCCGCAAUGGGAGCGGCUUGCAGUGGCAAUUGCCGCCCCGUCCGUGGGGACGUUCUUCCUCGCCUUGGGCGUCGAUCUAAUUGUGAACAAGCAAUCGGGAAUGAGCUUCGGCCUGCGGUAUGCAUUCGACCGCAACCCACGCCAUUACUACGAUAUCGUGUAUAUGGGCUGGAAGCCGCCGACAUCAACCAUCAUCAUCUUGGCUGUGUCCCUCGGCGUCAUGUAA